AUGGCAGAGGAGGAGAUCUCACACCCCGCCCAAUUCUGGGACGGGAAGCCUCCCACUACGAUCACUCUCCGUUUGGUCCUUGAGAAGUCCUUGACGCAGGCCCAACUGCUGGAGUACGAUUCCCUAGACGAGCAGGAAGCACUUGAGCGGAUCAGAAGUUUGAAAUCGCUCCAUUUGCAAUGGCUUGGGCUGAGCGAAAUCAGCGGCUUGGAAGCCUUCGACGCCGCUGAGGUUCGCGGUGAAGCGGUGAAGCCGUGGUGA